ACAGAAAAAGCAAACAAAUAUUCAUCUGUGUUAAUUAAACAAUCUGACCAGUUCAAAAAGUCUAUUUAAGAAUAAAAAAACUUAUUUUCAGUUCAGUUUUUUUAAGUGUUUUAGAUGAUGCCAUGAUCUACUUAAUUAUCUUUAUUUUUAAGCAGUUAGUGUGCUGGGAGAUACAUCGUGAUAGUAAUAUUCCUCUACGAUUUUUAUGGACGGAAAAAUGUAUGGCUAUAGCAAGUAUUACCCCAAAUCCGUGUAGUUCAGAAGUAUUCUUACAAUAUUGCUCAAACCUGUGUUUAGAAGAUACAUACAAGAAGACACCAUACAAGCUGAAAUGUAAAAACAUCCAUUCAAAAGAAAACGAUAUAAUACGUCGCAUAAGCGGUGGAGAAAAUAGUGUACAAGGCCAAUGGCCGUGGCAUGUCAGUCUUCGAAUAAAGGAUAAGCAAUGGUGUUCAGGCUCACUUAUUACAGAAAGAUAUGUGUUAACUGCAGCCCACUGUUUUGUCGCUAAUUAUACAAGUGUAAACGCUGCAGAUUGGCUCGUACUAACUGGUGAUCAUUUACUUUCCACAAAAGAUUUAAAUGAAGUUUCUCAUAAAGUAAAAAAAAUCAUUAUCCAUGAUAAAUUUGAAUGCAACGAGUUCAAAAAAGGAAACGGUGGUUCGUAUUACGUAGGAACCAGCGAUAUCGCAUUAUUAGAGUUAGAAACUCCUAUCCAUUUAUUAUCUCAAUUAAACUUGUAUCAAGAUAGUGGAUUUCUUUGUUUACCCGACGAUGAUGCUUCAUCAGCUUCAUCAGCUCAUGUUGGUGACAAGUGUCACAUAGUUGGUUGGGGCCAUCUCACAUUUAAUGGCAAUAAUCAAGCAGAAAUUCUUCAACAUGCAAGUGUACCAAUUGUAUCAAAUGCAAUUUGUAAUGAGCCCAUAGCUUAUAAUCACACAAUAAAUGCUAAACACCUAUUGUGCGCUGGUUUUACGGAAGGCAAAAUUGACGCCUGUAAUUAUGAUAGCGGUGGUGCUUUAGCUUGUAAUAAAAAGGGAUUUUGGUUUGCAACAGGAAUAAUUUCUUCAGGCUUUGAAUGCGCUCGCCCCCACUCCUAUGGUUUGUAUACAAACGUUGCAACUCAUAGAAAUUGGUUAAUAGAAACAAUGCUCAAAAAUUAACACAUAAACUUAUAUUUUUUUAAAUAAUAUUUUAUUAUUUUUGUUUCUUUACAAAACUAAUUAAAUGUUUUACUUUUUCAAUAGAUUUCAAAAAAAUAUCACUUAAUACUUUAUAAAUAACUAUUUAAAAAAAUAUUUAAUAAUAUUAAGUACUUAUUUAAAAAUAUUAAUAAAUAAUAGUUUACUAACAUGUUACAAAACAGAAAACAACCACAUGUACAAAUAUGCAAACAAUUAAAUAAUAGCAAAUCUCAGCUUUUGUAAAUACAUCUUUAUUUUAUAGUUUGAACAUUUUACGGUGGAUAAUGUAUUAUUUAUUAUGUAGAUGAAUACAUGAGUAAUUUUUAUUA